AUGGCUCUGGGGGCACUGGUCCUGGUCUGGUUCGUCUACACUUUGGAAAAGAGACGUGGUUUUCCACAGAGUCCAGUGUGGAGAGUCUCAUCUGACUGUGUGAAGAAGGAGUCUGCAGUGAGAGAAUGUGUCUAUACUUCAUCCUCUCCCUCCUCCUGGGGUCUGGAGGUGAACUGUUCAGACUCGGUGCGUCUGGUCUCGGGGCCCAGUCUGUGCUCAGGAUCAGUGCAGAUCUGGGACCAGUCCUGGACCUGGGUCUGUGAAGGGGCCUUGGACCAGCAGGGGGCAGAGGUGCUGUGCAGGGAGCUGGGCUGUGGGGCUCCUUCUCUCCUCCAGGGGGCGCUCUCUCCUCUGAGGCAGACGUUCCACUGUGAGGGCCAUGAGUCUGCUCUGAUGGACUGUCCCCGCUCUGGCUCAGAGACCUGCUCCUCUGGAGCCGCUGUCAACCUCACCUGCUCAGAGCCGCUCAGGCUGGUGGGAGGGGCCAGUCGCUGUGCUGGGACUGUGGAGGUGAGACACAGAGGAGAGUGGAGACGGGUGGAGGAUCUCUCUAGAUCCUGGGUCCUGGAGGACACAGCUGCUGUGUGCAGAGACCUGGACUGUGGCUCUGCUGUUGACGGAGAAAACAGACGUGAUUUUCCAAAGAGUCCAGUGUGGUGGGUUUCAUCUGACUGUGUGAAGAAGGAGUCUGCAGUGAGAGAAUGUGUCUAUGAUUCAGACUCUUCCUCUUCCUCGGGUCUGGAGGUGAAGUGUUCAGACUCGGUGCGUCUGGUCUCGGGGCCCAGUCUGUGCUCAGGAUCAGUGCAGAUCUGGGACCAGUCCUGGACCUGGGUCUGUGAAGGGGCCUUGGACCAGCAGGGGGCAGAGGUGCUGUGCAGGGAGCUGGGCUGUGGGGCUCCUUCUCUCCUCCAGGGGUCGCUCUCUCCUCUGAGGCAGACGUUCCACUGUGAGGGCCAUGAGUCUGCUCUGAUGGACUGUCCCCGCUCCGGCUCAGAGACCUGCUCCUCUGGAGCUGCUGUCAACCUCACCUGCUCAGAGCCGCUCAGGCUGGUGGGAGGGGCCAGUCGCUGUGCUGGGACUGUGGAGGUGAGACACAGAGGAGAGUGGAGACGGGUGAGGAUCUCUGGAUUCUGGUUCCUGGAGGACACAGCUGAUGUGUGCAGAGUCCUGGACUGUGGCUCUGCUGUUUAUGGAGAAGAGAGAGAUGAUUUUCCAGAGAGUCCAGUGUGGACUGUCUCGCCUGAAUGUGAGAAAAAGAAGUCUGCAACAGACUCGGUGCGUCUGGUCUCGGGGCCCAGUCUGUGCUCAGGAUCAGUGCAGAUCUGGGACCAGUCCUGGACCUGGGUCUGUGAAGGGGCCUUGGACCAGCAGGGGGCAGAGGUGCUGUGCAGGGAGCUGGGCUGUGGGGCUCCUUCUCUCCUCCAGGGGGCGCUCUCUCCUCUGAAGCAGACGUUCCACUGUGAGGGCCAUGAGUCUGCUCUGAUGGACUGUCCCCGCUCCGGCUCAGAGACCUGCUCCUCUGGAGCCGCUGUCAACCUCACCUGCUCAGAGUCUGAAGGACUCAGGCUGGUGGGAGGGGCCAGUCGCUGUGCUGGGACUGUGGAGGUGAGACUCAGAGGAGAGUGGAGACGGGUGGCGCCCGAUGGACACUGGGUCCUGGAGGACACAGCUGCUGUGUGCAGAGACCUGGACUGUGGCUCUGCUGUUUAUGGAGAAGAGAGAAAUGAUUUUCCAAAGAGUCCAGUGUGGAGAGUCUCAUCUGACUGUGUGAAGAAGAAGUCUGGAGUGAGAGACUGUGUCGAUGGUUCAUCCUCCUCUUCCUGGGGUCUGGAGGUGAAGUGUUCAGACUCGGUGCGUCUGGUCUCGGGGCCCAGUCUGUGCUCAGGAUCAGUGCAGAUCUGGGACCAGUCCUGGACCUGGGUCUGUGAAGGGGCCUUGGACCAGCAGGGGGCAGAGGUGCUGUGCAGGGAGCUGGGCUGUGGGGCUCCCUCUCUCCUCCAGGGGGCGCUCUCUCCUCUGAGGCAGACGUUCCACUGUGAGGGCCAUGAGUCUGCUCUGAUGGACUGUCCCCGCUCCGGCUCAGAGACCUGCUCCUCUGGAGCCGCUGUCAACCUCACCUGCUCAGAUCUCAGGCUGGUGGGAGGGGCCAGUCGCUGUGCUGGGACUCUGGAGGUGAGACACAGAGGAGAGUGGAGACGGGUGGCGCCCUAUGGACUCUGGCUCCUGGAGCACACAGCUGCUGUGUGCAGAGACCUGGACUGUGGUUCUGCUGUUUAUGGAGAAGAGAGAAAUGAUUUUCCACAGAGUCCAGUGUGGUUGGUCUUAUCUCACUGUGUGGAGACGUCUGCAGUGAGAGACUGUGUCUAUGAUUCAUACUCCUCUUCCUGGGAUGUGGAGGUGAAGUGUUCAGACUUACUGAAUCGUCCGGUCAUCUCUCUGUCUGUGUCUGACGGGGCUUCCCAGGCCCGGCCACAGGGGGUCCGGGUGCUGCUGGGGUCAAAGUUCAGGGUCAAAUGCUCUGUGGAGCCACAGUACCCGGGAGGCUCCUUCCAGCUCCUCUCUCCCACUGCGCCCCUCGGUCAGAACCACACCCUGCCCGCUGUCAAUCACUCCGCACACUUCCUGUUCUCUGACACUGGCUCCGCCCACAAAGGAAACUACACCUGUGUUUACCACCUGCAUGUGUUCAACCACAACUUCUCCUCUCAGAGCCCCAGCCUCCAGCUCUCUCUGGGAGCUCCAGUCUCAGACCUGAUCAUCAGAGUCCUGGUCAUUCUACUGUUGAAGCUCCUCUACAUCCUUCCAAUGUACUACUACUACUGCAAGGUCCGGGCCAGAGGGGGGCGCUAGAGAGAGGACCUGAGGACCUGG